CAGCGGACAAUAUCCCCAUCACAACCACCACCACCACAACCACCACCCCAAUCAGCAGCAGCAGCAGCAGCAGCAGCAGCAGCAGCAGCAGCAGCAGCAGCAGCAGCAGCAGCAGCAGGACCUGGACUGUGGGAAAAAGGCAGUCCAGCACUCUCUGGCCAGUGAGCAGCGGACAAUAUCCCCACCACAACCACCACCACCACAACCACCACAACCACCACCCCAAUCAGCAGCAGCAGCAGCAGCAGCAGCAGCAGCAGCAGCAGCAGCAGCAGCAGCAGCAGGACCUGGACUGUGGGAAAAAGGCAGUCCAGCACUCUUUGGCCAGUGAGCAGCGGCGUGUUGCCUGCGAGCUUCUCGAAGGCCGGCCGCGGCUCUCUGACGGGCCACUCGUGGGCGAGGGAAAGCCCCACACUUUUUCCCUGAAACUCCAGUUCCCCCACCAAGUCCCCCACGCUGAACUCCCCUGCAGCAGCAGCAGCAGCAGCAGCAGCAGCAGCAGCAGCAGCAGCGCGGCGGCAGCAGCGGCGGAUUCCCCACGCAGAAAGCACGCGGACGCACCAAAAACCGCCGAAAACGCAGCAGCACGUGCAACAGCAGCAGCAGCAGCAGCAAGACGAUCCCCGAGGACCCCAGACGAUCCCCGAGGACCCCAGACGAUCCCCGACGAUCCCCGAGACCCCAGUCGCUCCCAAUCGAUCCCAGUCGAUCCCAGACGAUCCCAGACGAUCCCAGUGGAUCCCACCCGUGAGGAUGUCUCCGACUUGGAUUGCGGGGGCGGGGACGAAGUGCCACUUCUUGUCGGGGUCGAGGGCCGCGGCUUCGCAGCCUUUGGAGAUGAAGACGGAGCCCGAGGCCGCAGCAAUCCGCUCCAGCGGCCGCUGAAUCCCGUCAAAUAUCCCGUCCAGCAGCCCUGCAGCAGCAGCAGCAGCAGCAGCAGCAGCAGCAGCAAGGUGCUGCAGCAGCAGCAGCGAGGCGCUGCAGCAGCAGCAGCGAGGCGCUGCGGCAGCAGCAGCAGCAAGGCGCUGCAGCAGCAGCAGCAGCAAGGCGCUGCAGCAGCAGCAGCGGCGGGAGCGGCAGGCGGCGAAACGGACGAGCAGCAGCAGCAGCAGAGGAAACAGCAGCAGCGGCAGAGGCAGCAGCAGCUUUUGACGAGGAGCGCCCCAGCAGCAGCAGCAGCAGCAGCAGCAGCAGCAGCAGCAAGGGCAAAAGCAGCGCGACGCGCGAGUUCUGUGCUACGUUAA